AUGGAAUCACCGCCGGCCUCGACCUUGGUUCAGCGCGCGCGAGGUGCCCUGACAACCUCUCGUCUUGGCAGAUUGACCUCUCGCCGUCUGACUUUCUCGCAAGAUGAUUCCGACGCAGCUCUCGUCGCAGGUGGAGGUGGUAGUAGCGGCACUGCCGGUGCGACCACGACCUCUACUUCUCGCAAGAAAUCCAAGUCGCAAUCAAAACCCAAGCCUGACUCUGAACCCACGGAUCCUCCCGAUGACGACGAUAACGGCACUCCACCUGAUCCAGAGAAUCAACUUGGAAAGCCAGGACCCGGUGGUCCCGGUGGUCCAGGUGGUCCCGGUGGUCCAGGUGGAGGUGGUAAUGAUGACGACAACGAUGAUGACGGUGACGAUGAUGGCAAUGACAAUGAUGAUGGAGAGGAAGAAGAGGAAGUACAAGACCCUAAUGGUGAAGUCCUCCACCACCUCCAGGUGGAUGGCCGUACCCUCACCGUUGUACUGCAAGAUCCAAGUGGACCUCAUCAAGCUCGCCUAUGGGAUAAGGAGAAGCGCCAUACUCUCCGUGAUGAUGUUAGACAGACCUUUGUUAGAGCUGCCACAGCUCCUAUUCUGGGAAAGCAUGUCAAACUGGCCAAACAGUCCCUCCAGACUGAUGUCCAUGGCAUACUUGAGCAAGUCCAGAAUCUAAAGGGCAUGCUCAAGACUCUCAGGAUGCACAUGGAGCAAUAUGACAUCAUUGAUGUUUGCAACAUUAUGACUCCUGCAACUAAUUUUGCCUACACUCCCAUGAUUGAGCAGCAGUAUGAUCUCCUCUCAGACUAUGCCAGGAUGACUCCCCACAUGGUGGGAGAAUCCAACUACUUUUACAACCGGUACAUUCAGGAGCCCUAUGUCCGAGAGAACAUGACCCUCGUGUACUCUCUUCUCAAGGCCAACACCGAAGAAUCCCUUUGGAAUAAAUGCCUUGAGACCUAUGAGACCUUUGAUCCUUACCAACAAGGUGGACCCCUGAUGUUGAUCCUCAUCCUUCAUCGUAUCCAAGACUCCUCUGAGGCUGCCAUUCUUCGAGUGCGCGGUUCCCUCAAGAAGUUGAAGAUCCGAGAUCUAGAGGGAGAGAGUGUGGACACCGCUGUAACUCUCAUCAAGACUGUCACUGAUCUGUUGACCAGCAAUGCCAGGGAAGGCAAGAGCUUUAUCCCUGAUGACUACACUGAGACUGUCUUGGACAUCUUCCAGUCCUCGAGUAACUCUCAGUUCAACAAGACCUUCAAGGACGUGAAGGAUGCAGCCCUCGCAGAAUCAGAUCGAACCUCCAAGCUUCCAGUUUACCCUUCCAUAUCUGAAUUGUGUGAUCAAGCUGCCAACAUGUACAACCGCCUGGCUCGCCAGCCAGAUGGUUGGGUCAAAUCUAGCAAGAAGAAAGCCAGUGGCUUCCAAGCUCAAGCACACAAACUUGGAGGAGGGUGA